AUGUCUCUCGAGGACGUAUUCAUGGUCUUGAGUGUUGUUUUGGGCCUUGUAGUCUCUUACAGCACCGUUUAUAAUCGUCGUCGACUGGAAAACCCAACCUACGGCAUUUGGACAACCAUUCUGCUCGAUAUCGUCUACGCUACCAAAGACAACUCUAUCCUACCACUCAUCGUCAUCCCUCAAUAUGGUAUCUACAGAACCCUCGACGAAAUGGAACAUUCCAGGAAUCUGCCCUCCGAUGGCGAUACUAGUAUGGCCACAAUCCCCGAAUCAAAAGCUGUUGGCGUUGAGGUGGACUUCGCUUUGGUCUAUGGCCACGUCUCUUCUAGGGACACGGCGCAGCCUAUCAAAAAACUCCUCAAGAAAUUCACGUGGAAAUCCAUGCCCUUUCGCCAGAUUCGUCUGCUAUCGGCUGCUGUGCCGCUGAUUGUAGAAAGCAAGCGCCUGCCCACCAGACACGCCAAGGACGUUCGGCAACUUGUAAAAGACUUGUCCAAAAUCUUGUUGGAAGGUGUGACACAGGCCGACUACCAGGUUCACUGUCUAUUUUCCAACCCCCGGUUCGCCUUGCAGCAGUCGGUGAUCGUGAUCGUCACUGCAGGGCCGUGGUGGUGUUGGAAGGAGGUCAACCGCACAGAUGUUGAUGAUGCACCAUUCACCUUUGAGGACUACAAAUCCGCUCUGAAGAAGGGGAAGCAGAGAGCGAAGCGAGCAGAAGCCGCGACGAACUGGCAGUCAGACGAUGACUCGGGUGACAAUGAACCUAGCCAAUCAGCGGCGCCCAAUACCGAUACCGUCGACCCGGCCGAGGAGGCCGAGGAGGCCGACCUGCUUCCUCUGGUGGAGCCGUCGUCGGCAAUCCAAUCGUUUCGACGCCACGUACGCACGCGGACCGAGCGAGAGGCGGAAGCACUGAGGCUCGAGAAAGUUGCAACGGAGAAACGGAAAGAGGAGCUGAAGCAUGGGCGGGCUACACGUCAUCAGAAGCUGGAAGCAGCGAGGGAGCUUUCUGCUGAGCUGACCUCAGGCCUUGAAGAAGUUCUCCCAUACUCGCGGGCCGCUCUCAAUCAGGCAGGUGCGAUGGUUUCUCGGGAUCUAAGCGGGGAAACGCAGGUCAUGAACUAUUUUGCUACUUCAAAGCAUCUUUUUUUGGCUACUUUGGAUGAACACCCGCCAAUUAAUCACUGGUCUGGAAUCCUUCAUGUGGGUACUAGGGAGUCGAAUGCACACCUUGAUUCCAUCAAAUCACGGCUUAAGAAAGUCGUUGUCGACACUGAAACAGAGAUGAAGAAGUUUUGGGAUUCAAUCUCAUGA